GGCGCGACACCCAGAGCACAACGCUCGGCAGCGAGUCUAACACCCUAUAGAAAAAAACAAGAGCACGACGCCACCAUGGUCUGAGAGUUUACAGUUUGUUCUUUGUUGCCUGAGGUUGGACGAUUCAAUCGCGAACGGAUGAGAAUGAAAAAUACGAUCCGUUUUAUAUAGUAUUUGUUACAGAAAGAACUAUUAGCAACUAGCAAAGAAUAAAGAGAAAUCAAAAUACCCAGGAUAAAGAAGAACAACUCGAACAUCGAUUUAAUUUGAGGAUAUUUGUGAUAUUUGUAAAGGUAUAGAUACUGUCGUAUUGAAGAACGUACGCGUCAAAUAGAAAACAAGUAUUUGUAGCAGACAAUUUCUGAAGAGGGGCGGUGACGAGAACCGUUAGCUUACACGAAGUCCAUCUAUCCUAUGUGCUACAAUGGUUCUCAUAUAAAAAGGAGAUAGAACUGUGUAUGCGCGUGUGUUGUGUGUUUUUAAAUGUCGCUCGUGCAAAGGAAAAGUGAGACUAAAAGGAACGCUGAACGAGUUCGAGAAGCAAAGUUUGCCAGAAAAUUACACGGCUGGCAGCUAAAUAUAACGAGAGCGUUAUGGAAUCAGAGUUGAAGUGUCCGGUAUGCAAGCACCUGUUCGUUAACCCCGUUAUUUUACCGUGCUUUCAUUCGGUCUGCCUCAAAUGCGCUGUCCAACUACAACAGCCAAUUAGUGGAACACAAGAGGAUGACUUUGAUCAGUUAUCACUCGUAUCGGAAACCGAUUCCGGGGUUGUGUGUAGCCCCCUGCCAUCCGGCAACUCACUUGCGAUCACCUGUCCAGGUUGCCACAAAAGUUGUCUCUUCGACGAGAACGGAGCCGGUAACCUGUGUAAGAAUCGUGCGCUUGCCAAUAUUAUUGACCGUUAUGCCGAAUCACGGAAGUUGUAUAUUGAGUGCCAAAUGUGUGAGCCGGGCAAUGAGCCCACCGGGGGCAGUGCGCAGGCGUCGUGGUUUUGCGAACAGUGCGAAGUGUUCUAUUGCGAUGCGUGCCUAGGCGCGUUUCAUCCCCAACGCGGACCGCUGACCACACAUCAGCUCAUCACAGCUAUACAAGGCCGUUCGCAACAACGAGCAAAAUUUAAAAUUUUGGCUGCGAAGGAGAUGAACUGUUUAGAGCAUGAAGAUAACCCAUUUAGUAUGUUUUGUCUAAUGUGUAAGAUCCCGCUGUGCGUGAUGUGCUUACAUGAUGGGCGGCAUACAACACAUGAUGUACAGGCUCUUGGCCAAAUGUGUCGCCUCCAGAAGACUCAGCUGAGCCAGUCGUUGCAAUCGCUUUCGGAAAAAGCUAAAGGCGCAAAUCAACUUAUAGCUAAUCUUAAAGGAAUGUCAGCUAAGAUCAAUGAAAACUGUGCGACACUCGAAGAAUCGAUCCGCUCGCAGUGCGCUACCCUUAUCGAAGCUAUACAAAGACGCCGGGACGAACUUAUCUCGGUAGCUCGCCUCGAAAGAGAUAACAGAUUGGCGAAGAUAUGCGACAAGGUCACUCAGUGCAGCCGGGGACUUCAAGGAACUACCUCACUUCUACAACUCUGCAUUGAAGCUCUCAAGGAACCAGAACCAACGGUGUUUUUGCAGAUUGGAGGACUUCUCAUCAAUCGGGUGAAGAACUGUAAGCAGGAGUGGAACAAGGAACAUCGCCAAACCUCAGCGAUGAAUAACUUCGACUUCGAAAUCGACUAUCAGGCCGCUCACGAUCAGAUUCGCAUGCUAGAUUUUACCAAAAACAAACAGGAUACGGAUUCAGCGCCUGGCAUUCCCAUAAUAAUGGUCGACGAAUGCGGGGUUGUCAACAACUCGAUGACAGUCUCGUGGAGGUCAGCCAUUGACCAGAGUUUUGUGGACGCGUUCGUACUUGAGAUAACCGAUCAUGACAACGCAACAGUUUUCCGGGAGGUCUACUGUGGGCAGGACAACAUCUGCACGAUUGACGGUCUACAUUUCAACACCCUAUACAACGUUCGCGUGAAGGCUCUCAAUGGACACGGAGCAUCUGGCUACUCGCAGGUCGUCUCACUCGAGACCCAUUCAGUGGCUAGUUUCGUACUGGACGCGUCCACCGCCCAUCCAGACAUUUUGGCCAGUGAGAAUCGACUCGUGGUUACGGCCGACGCGUUCGAUCAUCGACUUGUGCUUGGAAACCUCGGCUUCUCAUCGGGCGUCCACUACUGGGAGCUGACCCUGACCCGAUACGAGGGCUGCACCUCGGAUGUCGUCUGUGGGGUGGCACGAUACCAUGCCGCCCGUGAUGUUAUGCUUGGCAAAGACGAAAAUGGCUUCUCAAUGUAUAUUGACCAUCAGCGUUCGUGGUUUUUCCACAACGACGUCCACCACACACGGGUUCCACUCGGCAUUCGGCAGAACGAUGUCAUUGGCGUCCUUCUCGAUAUGGACCAGGGCACAAUAAGCUUCUACGUCAAUGGAACACUACAAGGCGGUGCACCGGCAUUUCGUGAUCUCGACGGCGUCCUCUAUCCGGCUAUUAGCGUAAGCCGUUUCGUUGAGAUAAGCCUUCGUACAGGACUGGAUCCGCCUUCAGACUGUUAAGAGUGUUGCUCUUUCUGACGGUCCUGAUUAGAGACAGCCAGCUAAGAUGGUAGGGAGUGCCAGGCUUCUAGCCCACAGUUUCUGCGUUACGCUAAAUCAGGCAUACACCGGCCAUCAGUUGGCCAAUCUAUUUAAGCACAGGAAUCGAACAAUUCGCAGCCAGUAGGGUUAUCUGAAAACUAGAUUCAAUGAAUCAGGAGCUCCCUGUAUCUCUGAAUCAAUUAGACUGACCGAUUGAUGCCUACUGAUGUUUUUUUUUUUUUAGUAAAUAAAUAAAAAUGCCGAUAAGUAAAACUUACUGGAAGGAACCACAUUUCAAAGCGAAACCACUGAAAAUCAGCGGCUCAAUUGUAUAGCACAAUGUUCAUACUAUGGCUAAAUUAAAGAACACACAACUAGCACAAUUAGUGGAAGCGAGGUGUAGGUGGACGAUUUCUGCACAAUGAAAUAGAGCGUGUGAUCUACACUAUGAAGUGCGAGGUUAUUAAUUAAAACGACGACGGCAACCACAAUAAUGAUAUGACCAGGGUUCUAUGCAGACGAUAGCAUGCCAACUAUCUUCAACAUUAUAGCUAUUGUAUGUCUUAUUCUUCCCGCGUAAGCCACAAGGUGAAAUACGAUGGAGCCCACUUUUCUAAUGUUUAUCAUUCACACAACUGUACAAUCUAGUCAUAACGAAUAGUUCUGAGUGGGUCGCUACGCGUUCACACGACAUGAUGCGCUGAUAUGCCAAGGACAAGGCGAGAGGAGAAGCGAUGCAAACAAAAAAAUAUGACUGCCAUUCUCAUGUUCUACUUAACAAAAAAAAACAUUGCACGAAAUCAUAUUAGUUCUCUCUUGAAAAGGCUGUGGGGUUAAUGCAAACUAUCGAAUUCAGCUUUUUCCCAAACGCUACCAUUUAUCGUGCAUAAAGGAAUAUUUACAUCUUAUACUCAAAAAAGGGUGCAUGUGUGUGUAUAUAUAUAUAUAUAUAUAUAUAUGCGUCCCACAUGCAACUUGCAUAUACGUGACACGUACAUAUAUAUACACAUAUAUUUGAUUUGUACUAACUACAAAUUUUUCCGCCGAUUUUGUAACCGCCAUCAAUUAGUUAUAGCUGGAAGACAGAUAGACGUGUCGUAAAAAUACAAGUGAUACUAUAAAAGCAUUAUGCUAAAGUUGACAUGAUUUGUGAUUUUAACGAAAAAAAAUGUGAUCGUGAGUGAUUAAUGAAGUGCUGAAAUGGUUCUACACCCGCAAAUACGGCAGUGUUAUGGUUAAACGUAAUUAUCUGUGGAAACUUUUGUGGUCAUCGUGUCUUGGUCGUGUGUGGCCGCUUGGCCGGUGUAUUCAUGUUUAUAUUGCCUGUAUACAAAGAUAAAUAAAACCGUGCCCACCAUUUUACAUUUGCUAUACAUGCUAAUUACGAUAUCGUAUUUAAGUACCAUUUCGUUUUUUUUCUUGAAACAUAUUUUAUUGAUUAAAUAUCGCUGAUAAUGAUCCAGCAACGAAUAUAUGCAGUUAGGAAAAUUAUCCAAGCCACGAAGGUCGAUUAGAGGAGAAAACGUUAUCUUACCUGGAGUAGAAUAGAAUUAAAGAGAAAUCUUUUGUUUCACAUUGCUUCCAAAAAAAAGUAGUCAACCAUGGCGAAAGUACAGAGCAUCAGAGUCGAGAGGUCAAUGGAUAACAGUAAAUGACAGUAGUUUUUCUGGACAUUGAGCUCCGAUAAAUGGCCAAAGUUUAAUUGAAAUUACUUUCAGUUAGUGGUAAUUGGAACAAACGGUUUUUGUAGCUGCCUGUUGAAUUUCGUUAAAAUUGUUGGCAGAGAGCUUGUCUUUACUGGGGACAGCAAAGGGUUCUAACUCAAGACGGGAACCAUUGACACUUUUAUAGGAAUCGUACGCCCGCUCAUACGUUGUGAUCGUACACAAACGCAAGCUAGGAGAAGGACAAUGCUGAUUAGAGAUGAUAGAUCAUAAAGGGGUGUUCGCCUGACCCAGAUGUGGGUAAUGAGACAUAGACAAGCGGCAGUACAUGACGUCGUAAACGAGUUAUAUAUCUAUGUGAAACUCCGGUGCAAGCAAACGCCGGACACAGCAAAAUACUUGUACACAUAUAUACAUUUCAUUUAAAGGUGAUUGACAGGCCUGGAGGCACCGUUCACAGAAGCGAAAAAGCACCCAACGUUGAUAAUAAAAUAUAACAAACUAAAGAUUAUACCAUACAGAUAUACAGUAUAUGUAGGUGUAGAGGACGGCAGGCACAUAUCAAACCCACACAAUAUCAAAAUGUUUAUUUAUCUAAUAAAUAUAUGCUCGAUCAGAAUAGCUUCGAUCGACUUUUUAAUCCACUACAAGUAUUGCAACAUGAUUUUCAAGUGCGCCAACGGCAAAAACAAGAGCCCGUCUCAUUUAGAACAUAUAUAUUAGUAGCUCGUGAAAGCGAUAUUGCUUUAAAUAAAGAACAGACUGCAAUCUUGUGAUGUAAAAUCGUAUCAAUUCGUUACGAUAUUGUCGACUUGGGCUCGGCAUAAUAACUCUAAGGUAGAUCUCGGCACUCUAUCCUUUUUUGUAUGAAUCCUUCUAAUGAUAUAUAGACUACUCCUGAUUCUAAUAGACAGGUUGUAACGCGUGAUAAGCAAAUGCGCUAAGAAUUAAGAGACGCACGCAAUAAAAUGGUGGACGAUAUAAGAAAGGCUAAAAAAAAAAAGGAAUACCCUUCUUAUUAUACGAUAUAGUAAACAGGUAAAACGUUCAAAAUGGAAAGGUUCGUUACCACGAACAACAAGCCUCUAAACAGCUGUGUUUCCCAUGUCUAAAGCAACAAGUUCUACAAACCCAAAAGUGUCAACGAAAGCUGAGAAUAUGGAGAAUGUUCAAUGAAAUGGACAAAAAUGCCCGUGCAAAACAAUUCGAGCUCAGAAGUUUUGAAGACCAGUAAUUGUUGUGAUGUUAAAUCAUACCAGUCCAUAAGUAUAUCAUUUAUCUAGAACCAACAGAAGAACUGGACUUAUGGACAUAUAUAGUGGCAAGACCUGUUAAAUUAUUAGGUAGACAUCAUCAGCAAAGCUGAUCGACUGACGUAGUAAUGUAAAUGGAACAGUUAUUAUAGUUGACACAACGUUUUAAGUAUUUAACCCUUUAGGAGUUGCUUCACAGGAACGGCUCUUAGCACGAAAAGUGUGAUGUAAUUAGCCAUAUAGACUUCACUACAGCGGUUUUUUAGCAUCUUUUCGGUAUUAUUCCUUAGCAUUAUUGGACUCCAAAGCAUGCUCUAUGAUAUUUAAAGUACCUUUUUCCUUCGCGUUUUUAGUAUAAGAUUAGCACAUGAUCAUGUGCCUGCGAUUAGCACUCUUUCAUCUCAGCCUUAAAACUGUGUCUUAAGAGUAUUCUAUUAAAAAAAUCUACCGGAAAUAUAAGGUAAAAUAUUAAAAAAAAAAAAAAAACUGCGAAAAUUUUGAGGGCGAAGUAUGCAUAAACUGCCUAUUUUUACUAGAUAAUAGCUAAUAGUUCGAUUGCCGACUAACGAAUCGAUAACUGAACUCGUUCUUUACAGUAAGAGCUAUUCUACGAGCAUACGAAUAGCGACAACUCUAAUUCAACCAAUAACUUCAAGGUGUGUUUUGUUAAAAAGAAAAUUCUAUUGAAGGCAAUAAAUUUUGUUUCUAAUAUAAACAGAACAAUGUUUUUUUGGAGUUGCUAAAAUAAUAAAAAAUACGAGAGUUAUAUCUCAAACUUUACCCCCAGUAACAUUCGCAUUGAGCAGCUUGAGGGAAUUCUAGACUUGAAAUCCAAAUUGGAUCAUUUACUAGCCUAAUAUACUAGAACGCGCUUGUGCGAUACUUGUUCUAGGCUUUUGCUUAUUUUUCACAAACAUUAAUAAUGAGAAGGAAAGAGGAAAACAUCUUGAGCAAACGGCCGUUUAGGCAUUACCAAAUCGUUUUAUCAUAAUGUUAUAGAAACGAAAUUUUCGGAGGUACUAUGGAUGAUAAGUUGAUAUAGAUUUUGUAGCAACAAAAACUUAUUAUUCUCCUGUAAAGUGUUACAGACGGAAUGACUACGAGACGAAGCGAGUACGGAACAUAGGUAGAAUUUUGUUUGUUGUCCGUUCUGUUCAGCGAGCUGGGAUUAUGUUCCUGCAGGAUAUUGCUGCUACUGGGUGGCAUGAAUCCAAUAAAAUUAGACGAAAAAAUUCAGUAAUUGAAAUAUCGAAGCGCAUAGGGUUUUGAAAACGAAUAUUUUGUAACUCAUAGAUACUUGAGUUGGAGAUGGAAAC